AUGAAGAUCCUAAUGGGAUUGGAAACGAAAACAAAAUCCUUAUUUAUUGAAGAAAAUCCUUUCACAUGUAACUGUGAAUCGCAAGACCAAUGGAUAUGGAUGCAAGAACAUCGAAAAAUUGUCAAAAAAGGGCUAAAUAACUUAUUUUGUGAACAUCCUGAAGAAUUGCAGGGAAUGCUUUUUAUAGAACUGACUCCGCAGAAAUUGUGUGAUUUGCCCAUUGUGAUACGAGUAGCGAUACAAGAUAUUCAAACAUAUUCAGUAAUUGUAUCAUGGCAAAGCCGCAAUCACUCUGGUUUAAGUGGAUAUCAAGUGGCUUAUUUUGGGGAACAGAAUCCAACUAGUAUAAGAGGGAAAAUUCUUAAUCAUACUGCUCGUUCAACAAGAUUAAACCAUUUGACUCCUGGAACACGCUAUUAUAUAUGUGUUAUAGCUAUUGGAAAUAUUGGAAUUUCGACAGAUUCUUCAAUACCCGACGCUAGAAUUGCAACUCCAAAAGAAAACCCAAGUACAUCUAUAUUUGGUGAUGAGCAUCAGCUCAACCAUUUAAGAUAUGCGAUGAAUGAUUCCUUAACUACCAAAUGUACAAGUUGGUCGAAGAAGAGAAUUCUUCAAGUAGAUCUUGGGUGU